UUCGCAUUGGUGGAAUCAGGGCCAUACAAUCAGAAUAGAGAAAUUUUUAUCACAAAAAAAAAGGAACCUGAGAAUAUGCUAUGACGAGAGGAAAAUAAGAGCGAGAGAUUCCUACAGAAAUUGAUAAAAAAGUAUUGGUAGGUAUGUGACCAAAUCCUUAAACACAAAUAGACUAGAAGUGCUAACUAAGAACAUUAAUAAUUUAUUUAUUAUACUAGUAAUUCUAAGUAAUCAGAUGCGGAGUUUGAAAUAAUAAAGAUGAGCAUUAUGGAUAUCUAAAAUUACAUAAAACAUGAUCACACCACCAACCAACCGAUACUGAGGUCCCUAAAACUAGAGUUCAUCGCGAGAUUCAUACCACUAUUUAUAGAAAUUUAUCUUGAGCGUGUACAGUCUUACAGACAAAUUGUAUUUUAAACGGUCAUCUACCGAUAUUCAAAUACCCAGUAAGUAUAAUAACUAGCACUUUUUAAAUUCAUAAAAAUAAUAUAAUAGAAGUAAGGACACGAUAGAACCCCUUUUUCUAGGUGCACUUUUGGCUACUAUCGAUUUUUCCAAAUAAUGUUUGCCCUUCAGUGGUGUGUAUGAUCCGCUUUGGGAAGGAAAAAGUCAUAAAAUGAGAUAAAACCCAGUAGUAGAAGGUACAUCGAACUCCAUUCAAUGCAAAAACUGACAAUGGCGUUUGCAUACACGUCAAAAUUAGUAAUGUGAGCAAGGUUUACUCAAGCAAUCUAUCUGGAUUCUGCAGCGCCUACUCUAGGCGCCUACCUAGGUUGCUACCUAGAUUGCUUGAGAGAUUUGCUUGCCACGGUUAACCCACAGUAUCCACUUUCUCAUCAAAUAAUUUAGAUGCCUAGAUAAGAGGAUUGUACGCAAAAGGUUAACUGUGUGCAAAAUAUAAUAUGAUGAUCCUAAAUCCUAGUAAACUUCCCUGCUUUAUUUUAAUAGACCAAACAAACAUUGUAAAACUAAUAGGCUUUUGUAUCUGUACUUAUAAUUUAUUAAGGAUUGUGCACCUAAGUUUAAUGUUUUUUUGUUUAAAUUAUUUAGCCUAUGCAUCUUAGUAUAGGUAGGUAAUGUUGUAUUGUUUAAAUUUGUUUAAAUCAUCCUACUUAGUAUUUUGUAUUCAUUUGUACAUGUCGGCGUAAUCACAAUCGUCAUUAGCGGCUCGUGUCCGUGUCUCUUGAGCGAAUUUAUCACUUGUAUUAGAUCGCUUCCAAGUUAUAUAAGUAUAUACUUUAUAUAAGUAAACAUCACGACUUGCAUAAAAUAGAUACAAUGUCAACACUUGGAAAUUAAGAGUGCCUAUUUUACAUUUUAUUUAAGAAUAUUUGUAUAUCAAUAUAAAAGUGAGUGAAUAAGUACUAAUUUACUAGGUAAUUAGACUAAAAUGAAGAUUCAAGAAGUACUCUACAUAGCACUCAUCAAUAUCGAGUUUUUGGUGACGACGCAAGCGACUCCUCCAGCUCUGGCAAGAGAAACCAAUGAAAUAGAAGACGAGUUUGAAUGCAAACCUCUAGUGAUUGCUCAUCGCGGUGCCAGUGGAUAUGUUCCUGAACAUACUCUCGGAUCCUAUUCGUUAGCUAUCGCCAUGGGAGCUGACUAUAUAGAACCUGAUCUUGUAAUAACUAAAGAUAGCCAACUUAUUAUUAGACACGACAACGAGUUGAGCUUAACAACCGAUGUCUCACAACGACAUGAAUUCGCAAAUCGACGGCGCAAUCAAACUGUUGAUGGAACAGUAUUAAACGGAUGGUUUACAGAAGAUUUUACUCUAAAAGAAAUCAAGACUCUGCGUGUCGUUGAAAGGUUACCGAAUAUAAGACCGGGUAAUAGUAGAAUGGACGGAUCAUUUUCAAUUUUAACUUUUCAAGAAAUUUUAGACUUAGCAAAAAGUUUUCAAAAUAGUGCAAAAAGAGUAAUAGGUGUUUAUCCAGAAAUAAAACGUAGCACUUAUUUUCGCAACAUUGGAUUACCCAUGGAGCAGCUCGUAGUAGAUACGUUACACAGAAAUGGUUAUCAAGGAGCACAAGCUCCUGCGUACAUUCAGUCUUUUGAAGUUAACAAUUUGAAAGAACUUAAAAAGAUUACUGAUAUAAAAUUACUUCAGUUAUUUGAAACCAACAAAUCUCUACAGCCAGCAGAUCAAGCUGAGCUUGGAACUGGACUCACAUACGGCGACAUGGCUAGUGUAGAUGGCUUGAAACAGAUUGCAAAAUACGCUUCCGCUGUUGGACCUGACAAAGCCUACAUAAUACCUCGAACAUCUAAAAACCAAUUAGGGUCUGCUACGAGGUUUGUUGAAGACGCCCAUAAAGCUGGUUUGAAAGUACAUCCAUAUGGUUUCCGCGCUGAAAAUUAUUUCUUGCCAGAUGAAUUUCAAAGUAAAGAUAAACGACCUGCAUCUCUUGGCAAUUUUCAAGGAGAACUAAAAGCAUAUCUUGAAACUGGAAUUGAUGGCCUUUUUAGUGAUCAGCCAGAUAUACCUAUAAACAUGCGAAAAUUUUGUGUCAAUAAAACAAAUUAAUCUUGUCAA